AUGCAGUACACAGUAGUUCUUACUUGGGGUCUUUUGAAAUCGCUAGUAAAACAUCGUUAUCUUUGCAAUUUGAAUUUGAUUUGUCCAAACGGAAAAUCAAACUUUGCGAAUGCGAAUUUUCCUCACAUUGCCCCUCAACAAUCGGUUCUUAGUGAUACUAAAUCUCAUGCUUUAUAUCUGACAAUCCACUUGUAUUUGAACGCAUCGCGAGAAUGUUUGGGAUCCAUUGGAAGAAUCGAGAAAUAUAUUAGUCAGAUUUGUCCAAGUAAUAUUUGUCGAAGAUAUAAUGAGAUUCUAUACGGUGUCGGUUUCGGAAUUGAAUAUUUCAGAAAAAUCAGUCCUGGUUUCCGAUACAGGGGUGUCAAAAACUAUGAAUAUCGUGAAAGAUCUGGAAAGUUUGGUAAACUGCCUAAAUCAGGUGGUGACAUAUUUGUCCAUGCAAAGUGUAAUGUUCAUGGCAUGUUGUUUGAUUUGGCAAAAUCCAUUAUUCAGAAUAUGCCGUGUGGAUGUGUGGAUAAAUUUGAAGAUAUUUACGGUUGGACUUAUCGCGAUGGGCGUGAUUUGAGUGACUUCGUUGAUGGCACGGAGAACCCUAAAAUCUUGAAUGAACGAGCGGAGGUGGCGAUCAACAAGCUAACAGGUGGAAGUUACGCUCUUGUUCAGAAGUGGGUUCACAAUAUGAGUUCGCUCAAAGAGACAACUGAUGAGACAAAAGAACAAUGGGUUGGUCGAACUAUGAAAGGCAGCUUUGAGUUGAUAAGAAAACCGAAUACAUCACAUGUUGCCAGAAUGGUUGGAUCUGAUGAUUUCAAAGCUAAGAAGAAAUAUAAAAUUGUUCGACAAUCUCAACCAUAUGGAACUCUAUCUGGAGAUGCUGGUCUCCUAUUCAUAGCAUACGCAGCAGAUACAGAGAAUUUCGAUUUCAUGCUGGAUCGAAUGACUGGUGAUAGUGAUGACAAAAUAAAUGAUUAUAUAAUGAUAUUCAGUCAAUGUGUUACAGGAAACUAUUGGUACUUUCCUAGUCUGCUUGAGUUUAACCUUCUAGUCGGUAAUCUACCAAGAGGAAUUUGGUUUUAAUGAAGUGGAAUAAUGAUUCAGCUAUGUACAUUAUUUAUCUUCUUAGUUAAUUUCAAAUGCUUUGCAGUAAAUAUAGUUUUAUUAUUCA